ACAUGACCCAAAGUCUGCUUUCUCAUAAAUACACACCUGUUCCGUUAUAAUUUAUCUAGCAUAAGCAUAUCUGAGAUUUUCUUUAUUUAUUGCAUUUAAAUAAUCUUAUGAGAAAGAAACAACAAAGGCCCUUGUGGUGCCUUGAAAAAAACACAAAAUGAUCUAAUGUGUAAAAUACAGGCCACAGAACUAUGCUUUAAUAAAUUAUUAGCCUUUUAAAUGUAAAUUAAUGUGGUUAUUAGCUCAAUUAAGACCAGUUACCUAUUUUGAUAUCUCACUUUGUGGCUUAUACAUGAAAACUGUUUGCUAAACAUAAUAGAGCUUGCCAGCUACUUAACAAUAUGACGUCCAAAUUCAGAAUUUCUUUAGGAAUGCAGUUUAAAGUUCUGUGCUGCAAACAAGCCACUUCUGUGAGCAAGAAUUUUUGUUUAAGCUGGAUGCUGGCUGGUUAAAAGACAGAAUUGCCUGAGAUUUUAGUGUGAACCUACAGAAGUGGGAAUUGAAAUUAAUUCAAAGAAUGGAGAAAACCAAUGGAGCUAUCUAUAUAAGCGAUUUGGCUAUCAUGAAAGGGACAACGAGUAAUUUUGUUGGCACUUGUCCAACAAAUAGGAGGAAGAAAAAUGCAUGUGAGGUUUUCUGCCUUAGUACUCAAAAGUAACCAUAGCUCUUGAAAUGAGAAACAUUUUAAUAUGUUGGGAUUGUAACCUACAAGAACAGCUGCUUAUUAAGAAAUAUCCUAGUAACAACUUAAUAAGAAUCCUAUUAAUAACAUUCAGUGAAGCCAGUGCUUUUCCGUUUGGUGGCUAAACAGAAAAGAAUCUAUGGAAGAUUAUUUCAAUAUAUGAUUACUGCAGCUAGAUUAUUAUAUGCACAGAUGGAAAGAUUCAACACCAACCACUAUGAGCAAUGGUUGUUGAAGCUGAAUUUGCUACAUUUUGCUGAACUGGAUACAUUGAUUUAUUCAAUUAGAGAAAAAAACAUCAAAAUUUAAUGGUGACUGGAAGCCUUUAAUGAACUUUUUGCACAUAAAUGAACUUGCAAUUUAUGGGUUGAUGAUUCGACUGGAUAGAUUAUAAAAAGAAUAAUAGUAUGAUGUAACUUUAAGAAUAGAGGUUAAAAUAUAUUGGUACUUAAAACUAUUGUGAAGACUAUCAGAAGCCACUUACAUCCUUUUUCUUUUUUUAUAUUGUAUUAGUCUCUGUUAGUUUUUAUUUUCUUGUUUAAAAGUAACAAAAUACAGAUAAUAAAACAAUCCUAGAGCAAAUAAGAGUUCUGACUCCCAAAGUAGUCUUAUUAAAUCAAAGUUUACAACUAUUAAAAUUACUGUGAAAUAUUGACUGCAAUUAAAAUUGAAAUUAGAAGUUUCAUUCAUUUCGAUUCUUAUAAAUUCCUAUUUUCUUAGCUAUAAGAAUGCAGCAUUGUAACAAUCCAAUCAUAUGAAACUAAAAUUCUAAAUCUAAAGUGUUUUGCUGGUGCUUUGUAUAUAAACCAUAAGCUAUAGCCUAGAACAAAGAGAAAAAUAUCCCAAACCAAUACAGGAAUUUAACUGACAUUUUGUCCCGUCAACCUGCUUUAUUAUAAGUAUUUGUGGCGAUAUCACAAAGAUAUAAUCAAAGGUCACUUAAAAAAAGUGGUUUCUUGCACUUCUGAGGAUGUUAAAUUUUAGCUGAAGGAAUGUGAUUCAUCCUCAUUUUGUUAUUGAAGCUAGAUAACUUUUAUUGCAACCUGACUUCCAGAUGUCUUGGUGCCUGUAGGCCAAUAUGAAGUGGCCAGGACUGGAAGAUUCCAUCUGAAAGGAGCCAAACUGGGAAAAGCCAUUUUUAAAAAACUUGAGACAAAGCUAUCAAGGCAGAAAAUUCUCUAGCUUAGGCAUUCUUGCUUGGCACAAAACCCCCAUUGAAACCAAGCAUUGAUACCAAACACAAUGUUUGAUCUCAGAAAUUAUGUUCACUUUUGUUUUGGUAGGCCAGGAUUACAGUUUCAUACCAAUCAUAUCAUGGUUAUGAAAUGAGUCCCAUCCAUUAGUCAGUUGUCUUGGGUAUACUGGGUAUUUUGUCUUUAAAAAAUUACAAGAUAUCUCACAACUAGGCUAAUUCUUUGAUCCAGAAGUCUUUGGGGACAUCAGUAAUUUUGAGUGUCAAGAACACUGUCAGAAACUGGCCACCAAUUUGUGGAAUGACAAUUCAUUUAAAAACCCAUGUUCUAAAAGUCAAAUUAAUAAGGUAAUUACUCACUGUUUACUAUCCUAGUUUACCUUUUGUAUGGUGAGGUACAUUUCCUGACAAACAUGGACGUACAGCCUCCUUGUAUUUUUAUUUUCUAAUUAUAUCCAUGGAGUUUAAGUGAGGUUCGUGGCAACUCUUCCAUUUUUAAAAAAUUAAGGGAAUACACAAUCAAGUCAGGGGCUCCAACCAGGUUAGAUAAGUGACUUACUGCUUCCUAGAAGCACUUCAUUAUUUAAUACGGCUUUAAUAAGUCUUGAGGAAGAUAAUAAAAAUGAACGUACUCUUCUUCCCAUGCCAAAUGCCAAAACCACAAUAUAUUAUGUUGAAUUUUGCAUGUUUUGUUCAAAUGCCUUAAGCUAUGGAAGAUUGAAGGAAACAUUUCACAUGAUCUCUGCUUAUGACUGUCAGGCAGUAUUUAAAAAGAAAUAUAAACUUCCUUGCCUUUUUUUGCAAUUUCUGUUAUCCCUAUCAUAUACUCUGAUAUACUAGUUAAAGGCAUAUUUUAUAAUCUGCAGCUUUUCCAAGUGACAUGGAUUUCUUGGGCCAAGUGUGUUGUUGCUGUUACCACAACGAAGAUGAAUUGGAGAAGAAUUCGUUGAUCACUGGUGACACCUUUCAGUAUUUCAAUAAGUUACGGAAAUGGCGGCAAUUAGAGGCAGCUAACUUGUGGAAUGAACCAGCAGACUCUGCUCAUGUGGAGCGGGGGGAUGAUCAUGAGCUUCACAAGCUUCUAGAGAAAAGAUCAAAAAUGUGUCGUGGGUCAGAGGGUUACCGACGUUUGAGCUUUGACAUCAUUGCCCACCGACAGAUCCGUCAAAAGAUAAAGGAUCGGUGGAAACAUAUCUUGGAAGUCUUAGGAUUCAAAGCUGAAGCAGAUGGCCUACUCACUGUAACUUCCUGUACUCCUUAUGAAUCUCUCCACAAUCCUCAAGAGGCCCGCAGACUCCACACUAUCCUGGCUGAACAGACAUCAAUUUUUGGUCAUCACCAUGGUGGUCCACCAGAGAGAUAUCUCUUUGUCCUGGACCGGCUUAUUCUUCUUGAUGUGGGAGAUGAUUUUCUGUCAGCCGCACGACACUUUUAUCCUGCAGAGGAAGAAGAAGACAACAUGUCUUGGAGUCAUGGAGGAACAUCUACUCCUAGUCUCAUCUUAGUACAAUUAAAUAAUGAAACUCAAAAAGAAGCUGAAGUAGAAGAGGGGGUGGAAUUAAAUGAGGACUAUGCACAUUUUGGAGAGGCAAAAGGAGGAAAUUGAAGAAUCUGAGGAAAGUACCAUGAAGAGAAGCCAACUCAAAUAAUUUAGUAUGGAUCCAUAAAGGAUUAGAGCAGGGAUUCUCAACCUUCAUUUCUUAAAUCCCACCAGUUAUCAUAAGAAUUAGAAUCCACAUAGUACAAAAUAAAACUCUCCAUUCACUGACAAUGAGAGCUGUACAAAUAAUCCAUUACUAAAUUUAUCAUGUACAGUAACUUUUAAAGACUUGAAAUUUCACUUUGUUAUUCUGUGUCCCAGCUAGAGUGCUUCUGAGUCUCAUUGAUGCCAUUAUUCAAUCUAACUAACUUAUGUGGACUUUUUGGAAUGUAAUAUAACUAACAUUAUGGACCUUUUAAAAAGUUAUUUUUCAUAGAAUAAACUUACCUUUCUUUAUUUCCCAUGUCUCAUUUUCUUUUUGUUAUUACAGCACAUUCUAAAAUAAUCUUUGAAAUUUAUGCUAUAAGUAAGUCAGUGUCUCUUCUAAAUGAUAAAAGUGGGAAGUAGUAAACAUUUGGGGGUAAAUAAUAAAGCAGAACUUUCUUUUCUCUAUAAUUUAAUGUCUCUACACUGCCUUUUGUUAUUGUUAUCUGAUAUCUUAUUUUACAUUGUGCUCUACAAGACUCAGAGUCAUUUUAUGUCAGGUGCAAGAAAUGGUACAAGGAGCUGAGUGGUAUGUUUAUUACAGAUUGUCUAUGAAAAGAAAUCUAGCCAGACUAAAGCGCUCACCACACAACCACAGAUAAACACUGUGAAGAUUUAGGGAGGAUCUUCUUUCAGCUGCUUCCUUCCCAUCAACUCAGCUCUAAAUUCCACCACAGUUUACAUUUCAUUUGUGCUUGUUUCUUACACGUGAUAGAGGUUGAGAAUGAGAAAUGUAAAACUCUCCAAAUAUAACACUCACGUCACCCACCCUUCUAACCCAACACAACAAGCCCACCUUAGAUUUUCUUGUAUAACACAACAAUAUUUCAUCUGCAUGCAAGAAUGGCUUCAGAUACCAUGCUAAGCCAUGAUUUAAUUUACUAUGGUUUGUUGAACAAGUCAGAAUCCAC